AUGGAUGAACAAAUUCUGAAGGCAGUCGAAAUUGCUCUAAGUGGUACCAGUGAUUUAGUUUUAAAGAAUCAAGCAUUUGAAUUCAUUAAUCAAAUUAAAUCAACCGAGGAGGGAUAUAAAUCAUGCUUAGAUAUUUUAUUAAAAUCCAUCAACAGCAAUUCGCCUUUAAACCAAGAAUUCAAGUUUUUUAUACUACAGGUGAUUGAUGAGAAUAUUACGAAAUUGAAUAAUGAACAGUUAUACGAAUUAAACUCAGAUUUGUUUCAGUACUUGAACUAUGUAAUUAAUUCUAAUAUUAAUGAUCCAGUGUACUUGAAGAAUAAGUUUGCAGGGAUAAUGGGUAAUUUAUUCUGUUUCACUUAUUUGAGCAUCAAUCCAACUUUUUUGAAGGAUUUGCUAGCGCUUAUUGCAGACAAUAACCUAAUUGCUAUCGACAUAUACAGUAGAAUUAUAAUUGCUGUGCAUACGGAGAUUAGUGACAAAUUCAUUUCUAGGUCAAGAGAAGUUCAAGACAGAAAUAACCUAUUAAAGGACCAGAUUCGUACAAAUGACAUGAAUUUGUUAGUAGACAACUGGCAAAAGAUUUUAAGAAACCCAGAAUUAAUACAGCAUAACAAUGAAGUUUUAAAUAAUUUCUUGAAGAUCAUUGGAUACUAUAUUAACUGGAUGGAGAUUACCUUAUUCAUCUCUAACGAUUUCAUUAACAUUAUAUUCCAAUAUCUUAAUAAACCAGACCAAAGAAAUGAAACAUGUUUGACUUUGAUUGAGGUUAUUUCCAAGAAAAUGAAGCCUUUGAAUAAAUUGGAAUUGAUUUCUUUGUUGAAUUUGACUUCAAUCAUUAAUUCAAUUAAUAAUGAUGAUGACUUAGAAUUUAUGGAAAAUAUUGCUAAAUUAUCCAAUCAAGUAGGUCUAGAAUUAGUCAUUGUUUUAGAAUCUUCCGAAUUAGAAUUAUUUGAUUCUAUUAAUCAACAGUUUUUAAACUUAUGGCCCUCAAUCUUCAAAUUCUUGUCUCAUGAAUACGACGAUAUUUCCCAGCAAAUUUUCCCUUUCAUUCAGCAAUAUUUGUUGACCUGCAAGAAGUUUAAUCAAUUAGCAUCUAUUGAAUUGUUAUCAUCAUUAUUAAAUAAAAUUAUCUUAAAAAUGAAAUUCGACGAUGAUGAUGAUGGCACUGAUGAUGAAUCAACCGAACAAUUUAAUGAAGUCAGAUUAAAGCUAAAGACAUUCCAGGAUACCAUUGCUAUUUUAAAGCCAGAAUUAUUUUUGGAGGCUAUACCAAUAGUUAUUAAUGAAUCUAUUUUUGCUAACGUUAGUGACUUUGAUAAGGUAAACUGGAGAAACUUGGAACUAGGCUUAUUUGAAUUAAAUACAUUUACAGAAUCAUUAAGGAACAAUUUGAUUAACUUACCGAAGCAAGAGAUAGGUAAUUCGAAGCCUUACGUUUUGGUUCAAGAGUUCUUAAUUAAAUUAAUUAAUUCAGACGUAGUAUUAAAAGUUGACCAUCCAAAAAUUCAGUUGGGAUUUUUUGAACUAAUAGUUCGUCACUAUAACUUUUUAAAUACUAAUAUCAAUAACCAAGAAGUUAUCCUAAGAAUUUUGGAAUUGUUUUCUUCACCAUUAGGCUUAUUCAACAACUCCGAGAAAGUGAGAUUAAGAACGUGGUAUUUAUUUUUUAGAUUUGUCAAGUUAACCAAGCCAACAUUAAACAACUCAUCUUUCAUUGAGAACUUGUUCAUUAAAUUACAGCCAUUGCUUGUCAUAAAGGCAGAGUUACCUACAAAGGAUGAGGAUAACGACACCGUUGAAAAUGGUAAUUUCAAUAACCAAUUGAACCUUUUUGAAAGUAUUGGAUUAUUGAUUUCUUUGCUAUCUGUGGAUAUUUCGUUAAAGGUAAGAAUGAUUGAUUUGAUCUUUCAGCCAUUGUUCAAUGACCUAGAAAAUUGUAUUUCGAACAAGGAUAAGGUUAAUCAACAACUAAUUGCAUUGCAAGCCCAUCAUUCACUCAUGGCGAUUGGUACGUUUGCUAGGGGUUAUGAUUAUGAUUAUAAUAAUAAGUAUUCAGCAGAAAUUGUCGGUAAAAUUAAUAAUGCAUCCCAAGUUGUUCUAAUUACAUUGGAAAAUUUUGCAAAAUUUGAAAUCAUAAGAGAUGCAGCUAGAUUCUCAUUUGCUAGAUUUAUUCCAAUCUUAAACGAGGAAAUCAACAAUCAUUUAAGCAAGUUAGUUUCUAUCAUCUUAGCUGCUAAUAAUUUGAAAAUUUCAGAGCUAACCAACUUUUUGAACUUCUUAGGUCAAAUUGUUCAUAACUUUCAAAGCAAUGAUAAUAUUUAUAAGUUACUAAACGAUUUAUUAUCUCCUUUGUUGGACAAAAUAUUUUCGUUAUUAAAGUAUAAUGGCGAAAAUAAUGAAUACGAAUCCAUGCCUGAUAUAAUCAGAGAUAAGGAGUCGUUGAAAAAGUCAUAUAUGAAUUUUAUUAGUGCUAUUAUCACUAAUCAUUCAUCUAGUUUGUUGAUCACGGAAACUAACAAACAAAAAUUUCCAAUCAUAUUGGAGAGUUUCUUUGUAUACGCUUAUAAUACAUCUGAACCCACAGUCUCAAAAUUGGCCAUAACUCAACUUAUUAAUGUUGUUUCAGUUAUGGGCGGUCAUGGUGGUAAAAUUAAUGAUCCUCAAGAUAAGUAUGGCGAAAGUCUUCCCCCGCUAGAAGGAGUCGAUGAAUACUUGAUGAAUAAGGCGGUCCAGUUAUCUUUUGAAUUGCCAUUCCAGAAACUGGAAUUUGAUUUGAAGGAUGCACAGUACAGGCUUGUGGGACAAGAAAUUGCAUCUUUGUUAAAAACCUACCAAGAAAAGAGAGGUGAUGAAUAUCUUACGUUCCUUUCGAAUUACUUGACUAAUAUGGGCCUUUCACUGGAAUUAAUGACGGAUUUCUGUACUAAUCUAGUUAAAGUGGACCAAAGAGCUUUCAAGAAAUAUUUCAUUACCUUUGUUACUGAAUUGAAAGGGAAAUAA